AUGGCUGGUGUUCCUAGAAAAUAUAAAAGAGUAAUGUCGUCCAGUAGCAAAUCAACAGUGUGCUCAAGGGUUACCUCAAGUUUGGCUAAUGACACUCUUUAUGAUGCUAUGGAUAUUUCCUCGUCAUCGGUGUCGACUAAUGCUGAUGAAGUUCAAACAUUUAGUGGUUGUUCAUCAAAUGAUGAAAGUGAAGAUAGUGAAGAUGGUGAACGAGAAGAUAUGCCUUGCAGUAAAAAUUUAGAUGAGUUUGAGGAAUAUUCUGAUAUUGGAGACAUGAAGUAUGAGUGUCAGUAUUGCGGGGCUUUGCAUUGGUAUGCUGAAGGAGUUAGAAAGAAAAAGAAUAAUAUUCCCACAAUUUUUUCUCUGUGUUGUCUAAACGGAAAAGUGUUAGUUCCUUUCUUCAGGAAGCCACCGACUUUAUUAUGGGAUUUGAUAAUGGGAAAUGAUGUUCGUAGUCGGGAAUUCUUGGCAAAUAUAAGAAGUUAUAAUAGUGUUUUUGCUUUUACUUCAUUUGGUGGAAAAAUUGAAAGUGGUCUAAAUGACGUAGGCGGUCCACCACAAUUUGUUAUUAGUGGGCAAAAUUAUCAUUGUAUUGGUAGCUUGGUUCCAAAUGUGGGAGAGACUCCUAAAUUUGCCCAACUUUAUGUUUAUGAUACUCAGAAUGAGAUCCAAAAUCGAAGUUCACACUUUAGGUACGUAAAUGCUAUUUUUUCUUAUGAAUGUUGUAUAUUAUGUUUUAAUGUUAUUAAGCUAAACAAAUCCUUAAUUGAAGAUCUUUUGGCAAUGGUUGAUGAGUGUAAUGUCUUGGUGAAAUCAUUUCGAAAGGUACGUGAUUUCAUUUCUAUCAACCCAUUGUUAAGGAUUUCUCUAAGAUUGUUUAGGGCUAGACCCAAAGACCCAAGAGUGUACAAUUUACCUUCUGUGGAUGAGGUAGCUGGUUUAAUUGUUGGUGAUUUUGAUUCUACUGAUUGUGGUCGAGACAUAGUUGUUAGUUCAAUGGAUGGUACUCUUAGAAGAAUUCAUGAGACACACACUUCAUUUUUACCGUUGCAAUAUCCUUUGCUUUUUCCUAAUGGAGAAGAUGGAUAUAAAGAAGAUAUUUUGUUUCGCCAAGAUGGAGAUGGUCGUGUUUUUAAAAAGAGAGUACGAGUAUCUUUGAGAGAAUUUAUUUCUUUUAGAAUUCAUGAAAGAAUGAGAGAGGAUUCAGUUAUAUUGCGUAGUAGAAGAUUAUUCCAACAAUUUCUUGUGGAUUGUUAUUCGAUGAUUGAGGCUCAAAGAUUGUCAUAUAUCAAGGGUAAUCAAAAGACAAUACGUCGGGACUUCUUAUCUGGAUUGGAGGAGGCUAUGGAGAAAGGUGAUGUCGAUUCAGCAUCAGUUGGAACAAGGAUAGUUCUACCUUCAUCAUUUACUGGUGGAAGAAGAUAUAUGUUUAACAAUUGUCAAGAUGCAAUGGCAAUCUGCAAACAUGUUGGAUAUCCAGAUCUUUUUAUAACUGUUACUUGCAACCCAAAGUGGCUUGAAAUUCAAAGGUGUGUUUCUGAAAAAGGCUUGAAUGCCUAUGAUCGCCCUGAUAUCUCGUGUCGGGUUUUUCAUAUUAAAGUGAAGCAGUUAAUGCGUGAUUUGAGGAAAGGUCAAUAUUUUGGGAAAGUCUCAGCUGGAAUGUAUACCAUUGAGUUUCAAAAGAGGGGACUUCCACAUGCCCAUAUACUUAUUUGGUUAGCGCCUGGUUCAAAGCUAACAACACCAGAGAAAAUUGAUUCAGUUAUAUGUGCAGAGUUACCUGAUCCAGUUGCUAGCCCGAAACUAUUUGAAGUUGUUUCUAUGUUCAUGGUCCAUGGUCCAUGUGGUAGUAGUAGAAAAAAUUCUCCGUGCAUGGUAAAUAGUCGGUGUUCCAAAUUUUUUCCUAAGAAAUAUGUGGAUAAGACCUCAUUUGACAUUGAUGGUUAUCCGACAUAUCGAAGGAGGAACACUGGUGUUUUUGUUGAAAGACGUGAUGUUCAAUUAGAUAAUGGGUAUGUUGUUCCUUAUAAUGCAAAAUUGUUGAUGAAGUACCAAGCCCACAUUAACAUUGAAUAUUGUAACAAAUCGAAUUGCAUCAAAUACUUAUUUAAGUAUAUCAACAAAGGAGUUGAUCGGGUUACAGUUUCAAUGAAAAAUGAAUGUAAUGAAGGACAAAAUGUGCCGGAGGUUGAUGAGAUCCAACAAUAUUAUGAUUGUCGUUAUUUGUCUGCUUGUGAAGCUGCUUGGAGAUCAUUUUCAUUUCGUAUUCAUGAUCAUUGGCCUCCCGUUCAGCGAUUACCUUUUCAUAUGCCCAACAAACAAGUUGUAUUAUAUGGUAAUGAAGAACCAAUUGAUAGGGUCGUUCAAAGAGGUCAGAUGUCUGAAACAAUGUUUACUGGGUGGAUGGUUGCUAAUAUGAUAUAUGAACAUGGUAGGCAUUUGACAUAUGCUGAGUAUCCGCAGUUAUUUGUUUGGCAUCCUAAAGAUAAAGAGUGGCGACCACGCAAAAGAGGGUUUUCCAUUGGAAGAAUGAAUUUUAUACCUUUGGGGUGUGGGGAGGUAUAUUAUUUGCGUUUAUUGUUAAAUCUACAAUGUGGAUGCACAAGUUAUGCCGAUUUGAGAACUGUUGAUGGUGUUGUUCGAGUGAGCUUUCAGGAAGCAUGUUCUGCCUUGGGAUUAUUAGAGGAUGAUAAAGAAUUUAUUGAUGGAUUAAUUGAUUGUGCUGAAUUGUCAGGUGGUAUGUCUGUUAGAAAGUUGUUUAUGGUGUUGCUAUUAUCUAAUUCAAUUGUCACACCAGGAAAAGUUUUUGAGGAAACUUGGAGGUUGUUAGCCGAUGGAAUUCUUUAUAACCGAAGGAAAUUACUUUUGCAAUCCAGGAUAUUGGUUUUUUUGAUUGAUGCAAACUCUUGAGCUCCCAUUAGAAUGGCUUUUGCUUCCUGGUUCCUUUUUCACAAGUCUACCUCUGCUGGUUAUUUCCUGGAGGUACAGAUUUUGUAUUAAGAAUUUGGUGGAAGGUUUGGUCUUGAUUUUGGAAGGCUUACCAAUUGGGUUUGGGUUGAGUAUUAGUUUUCUUUGUAAACACCCUUGAAAAUUCCUCUUGACUUUUCAAAAUAGGUACUCUUUUUCCUUGCUAGGUUUUCCCAAGGGGGUUUUAUCCUAGAAAGGUUUUAAUGAGGCAUGUUUUGUUAAGUCUAUUUUCAAGGGGGUAUUAGGUGGGUAGUUUUCUUCUUUUAUAGGGUUUUGGUAUUUGUACAUGUAAGUAUCUGAUUAUUUAAUUUAUUAUAUGUAAAAUGUUAAAGAUGAACUUAUUAUGUAUUCAUUGGUUUCGUUGUUAAC